CAAGUGCAGAGGAAAACGGAAGCAGAAUGCAAGCCUGUAUGUGUGUGUAGAGAGGUUAGAAAAGGGGAGGGCAUAAAAACACACACACACAUUUGCGGCAGAUGUAACAAAAAAAAAGGUCGAAUCAGCCAAGAGUGAAGGUUUUUGGAAGGAGAGAAGCCAGGGGAGAGUGGUUUCUUGUUCCUUGUUCUGAAACAGAUUCUGUAGGUCUUCAUUUGCUCACUUCUGCUUGCAUCAUGUCGCUGCUGACUCACGUGCUGGCAUGUCUGUUUGGAAUGGGCUCCUGGGUGGCCAUCAAUGGGAUGUGGGUGGAGCUCCCCUUGAUCGUAAAUGAUAUCCCAGAGCACUGGUUGCUGCCCUCCUACCUCACAGUCCUCAUCCAAAUGGCCAACAUAGGCCCUCUCUUCAUCACGCUGAUGCACCGCUUCCGCCCAGGGGUGCUCGAUGAGCGGCCGGUCAUCUACGGCAUUGUAGGAUUGGGCAUCGUUGCUACAUUCCUUCUGGCUUUCCUUUGGAAGCAUACAGUGACCUUCGGAAACUCUGUGCAUAGUGUUCCACUGCUGACAUUGAGUUUCCUGCUAUCUGUGGUGGACUGCACCUCAUCUGUUACCUUUCUUCCUUUCAUGAUGCGGCUGCGUCCACAAUAUCUCACAACGUAUUUUGCAGGUGAGGGCCUCAGUGGUCUCGUGCCUGCAGUGGUGGCACUUAUUCAAGGCGUUGGUGUAGUUCACUGUGAAAAUGCCACUUUAUCUAAUAAUUCCAACAUAACUGACAAUGGAAUGCUACAGGCCAUCUACCAGCCUGCUAAAUUCUCUGCACAGGUCUUCUUCAUAUUCCUUAGUGUAAUGAUGGUCGUGUGUCUGGUCGCUUUCCUCCUACUCAAUCACCACCCAGCUGUGGCUCGUGAGAGAAAAAGCGAACGGUACUUCAGUGGGGAACUUGAUCGUGAGAAGAAAGAACAAGGCCUAUCUCUGAAUGCCCAGACACCAGAGCAAAAGCCCAUGAUCAGCCCCUCGGAGGCUGGCAAGAGGGAACCUAGGAGUUCUUUCGGGAGGGGGACAUAUAGUAUCUUUGAGGUGGUCUUUAUCUUUGUAGUGUUGGCUUGGGUCAAUGCUCUGACCAAUGCAGUGCUGCCUUCAGUGCAGUCCUACUCAUGCAUGCCUUACGGGAACAAGGCUUACCAUCUAGCUGCCACCAUGGGAGCUGUUGCUAACCCUGUGGCUUGCUUCAUCGCCAUGUUCAUACCAAUAAGGUCUCUUGUCUUCAUGGGAGUUUUGACCAUUUUUGGGACUGGAUUUGGAGCCUACAUUAUGGGCAUGGCUGUUCUAAGUCCCUGUCCUUUGCUGGUCCACAGUACCUCUGGAACUGUAGUCAUAGUGCUGGCCUGGAUACUCUUUGUCCUCACCCUGUCUUAUGUCAAAGUCAUCAUUGGGGUGAUCCUGAGGGAUGAAGGCCACAGUGCCCUCGUGUGGUGUGGAGCUGUAGUGCAGCUGGGUUCAAUGCUUGGUGCUCUAACCAUGUUUCCACUUGUUGGUUUCUAUCAGUUUUUUAAAUCGGGUGAUGCUUGCAACACUAAGUGUCCAACAUAGAUGUAAAAUGUGUUUAAGUUCAACUCUGCUGUACAGAAUUCUAGCAUUAAUUGCACUUGUUUUAGUAGAACUGCACUUAUUCCAACUUGUAAGAGAGCUGGCAAGUUAUAGAUGAAAAUCCACCACAGUAUCACUCCGUGUUUUUUUUAACCUAAGUUCUGUUUGUAAAUUUCAUAUACUUUAUCAGUAGUUAAUGAUGUAUGAAGUACACAUACACCCAGUGCUUAGAAAAAUUUUUGGACCACCUCUCAUAAAAACAAGAAAACACAAAUAAUUUCACAAAGUUUGAAUUCACACUUUUAUACCCAAAUCUGAACGGACAAACUGGACCUUAUCUGAGAAGUCAGAAUCAAGCACAACAUUCAACCACUAAAACAAACUUUUCUGUUCAGUAAUACAAGUAAAUGAGUAUAAUUUGUCAUCUUAAUUUUGAAAAAUAAUUGAAAGACAAGCUUUAUUUUUAUUUAUUUAUUUAUUUUUUGUGAAACACAAAAUUUGAAAAGUCUACUUGCAAAAAUUGAUGCAGUCUCUUUAAUUCAUUAAAGAAACAUAAAAUAAUGAUAUUGGUAAUUACCAGUAUUAUUAAUAUAGAGCUGCUGUGGCACAAACCUUACAUUGGAUGGUGAUCUAAUAAAUUUGUUAAGCACUAUAUCCAUCUAUAGUGUCUCAGACUACAAAAAGACCAAACUAAAUAGUGUUCUGCCACUGAAUAUAUCAAUAUAAUAUACAAAACCUUGUUGGUUCAAAAGGUCAAAGCUAUUUUACUUGAAGUUUGAGCAUCAUGUCAGAUGAUGAUGUUCAACAUGUACUUUAUUGAUUUUGCUUUAUAAGAAGUUAUGGUACUGUCGCCUUUAAAAUGUGCCUCAAUUCUAUAAAAUGACCUGGGCAUUUUGGGGGAUAGACUACUGUGUUGUUUAAAUAAAACUACAAUGUGCUUUGUAUAUGUUACUGAAGUGGAGAAACUGUUGAACAAUACCAAAUAAAACAUUUGUUUAAUUACUGUCUAAAAAAAUUGCAAAAUUGCUUCUUCUUUUUGUAAUUCAUCCCUACACUGAGCUCUAUACAUACAUUUUAUUCAUCCUCUGAACUAUUUAGCCAAGGGUUGCAGGCAGUAAGAACCCUGGACCAGCCACCAGUCCUUAACAGGACUAAGGCAAGAAAAUUAAACAUUCAGGCUAAUUUGCAUCUUAGGCAAAUUUUGAGAGGCAAAAUAAUGUAAAAUUAAUGAAGUGGACACAGAAUAUCAUAUGUAUCAAUGGAUUUUUGAUUAUGCCACCUACUGUUGCAGCACAUCCCACAGGUACUCUAUUAGUUUGAGAUCUGGUAGCUGUGGAGUACAUUUGCAUACCUUAAAGUUAAUAUCAUGUUCAAGAAACAUUAUUGAAUUGAAUGAGUUCUGGUGCAUUAUUCUACUGAAAGUGGCCAUCAGAGGAUGUGAUCAUAAAGGAAUGGACAAUCCUGAGCAGCAAUACUCAGUUUGUUUAAACGACACUCAACUUGGGCGCCUUAAUACCAGCUUUCUUCCAAUCCAAGGCCUCAACAUUACAUCACCACCACCUAAACCACUGGUACAAGGCACAAUGGAUCCAGGCUUUCAUGUUGUUUGAUCGAAAUUAUGACCCCAUCCUCCAUAAUGUGACAGCAGAUAUCUAAACUCAUCAGACCAGCCGAUGUUUUUCCAAACUUUGCUUCUCCACUGACUGUUUGACUCAACUGACUGAAGUGUCUCCUGAUGUGGGUUUUCUGCUGCUGUUGCCCAUAUGCUUCAAUGUUGUACAUGUUGCACAUUCAGAGAUGCUCUUAUAAUGAUUGGUUAAA